AUGCCUGGGUUCAAGAAGACGCGCCUUUUUGGUGGGGCCCUCGUCUGCGACAUCCCCGAGCAGUUUGUCGACGUGAGUCUAAUUCGAGAGGUACCCAACAACCAGGAAGUGUACCUUGACAAGGAGGGCUUCACCUCCAUCAUUUUCGACAUCACCGAGCGCGUUCACGCCCCCGGCGAGGGUCUGGAGCGUGACGGCCUUGCUCUGACAACUCACCUCGAGGACCUGGUUGGCGAAGCCGCCGAGUCGGUCAAGGUCUGGAACACGAGCGAGACCGAGUUCAGCCAUGUUUCUGAGACCGACACCCCCGCCUACACACUGAUCGCGACGCAAACUCCCCAAGGGAACGAGUCGUCCUCGUCGAAAGGCACCGCGCCCGACUUCACCGCGCUGAUCCUUACGCUGCUGCGCCUGGAGAAGGAAAAGACAGACAUCCUGAUCACCAUCAACGUGCCGCACAUCAAGGGCGAGUAUGAUGAAGAGGAGGUUGACCUGGCACUGGGCAAGCAGGGAGCGCUGAUUGGCGAUGCGGUGGAAUUCGCCGCGCGCAUUUGGUCGUCGUUCCGCAUUGAAGAUUGGGGGUUGUUUGGUCCCAGGGACGAUGAGCCUAGGCGGUGA